AAAUAAAAACAACGGAAAUGGCAGCCAUCGGAACCCUAGAACGAUCCGGCGAAGGGAUUAGGUUACCGUCACUGUCACUGUUUCUUACACGGUGUCAAUAGCUUCUGGUUUUGCGAAUUUCACUUUGUUUUCAGAUACGAGAAGUUUAGGACUCUUAAUUGAUUGUACAAAUCUUCAGUUCGUAUGAAACGAUUGAGUUUCCUUAACUCGUGUUUUCGGUCUAUUCGAGAAAAUUGAAGAUCAUCCAUUUCUGUAAAGCCGCGGUUAUAUCUCUCGAAGGAUAGUGAGGGAGAUGGAAGUCCUUUAGGAAAAUUCUCCCGAUUCUUGUAGAAUUCCUUUAGAAAUGAGUGGUGGCCGGCAGCGGACCCUCGGAGUUGGGGUUCAGCAUGUUUUAGACCAUCUGAAACGAAUGCAGGCUGAGAAUCCUGCUUUAUAUUAUGCAGUUCAGGGCGAUGGUGAUCAGUCUGGAGGGAAUAUAUUUUGGGCAGAUGCAACGUCUAGAAUGAAUUAUUCAUACUUUGGUGACACCGUUGUAUUGGAUACAACAUUUAGAAAAAAACAGUAUAGGGUGCCUCUUGCUGCGUUUACAGGGUUUAAUCAUCAUGGUCAGCCAGUGUUGUUUGGAUGUGCAUUGGUUCUUCAUGAGUCUGAAUCUUCAUUCAUUUGGCUCUUCCAAACUUGGCUUCAAGCAAUGUCUGGACGCCAACCAAUUUCCAUUACAACUGACCCAGAGAGGCUUAUCCAGGUUGCUGUUGCGCAGGUUCUUCCAGGUACCCGACAUCGUUUUUGCAAGUGGGCUAUAUUCAGAGAGACACUAGAGAAGUUGUCUCAUCUCUGUCAAUCUCAUCCUACUUUCGAAACUGAAUUUAGAAAAUGUGUUAAUGAGGCUGAGACAAUUGAAGAAUUUGAGUCCUGUUGGGAAUCCCUUCUGAAUAGAUAUUACAUUAUGGAUAAUGACUGGCUUCAGUUAAUGUAUAGUGCUAGACAACAGUGGGUACCCGUUUACAUGAGGGAUACUUUCUUUGGAGAACUGUCAAUAAAUGAGAGCUAUAAGAGUUUGAAUUUGUUUUUCGAUGGAUAUGUUACUGCAUCCACCACGAUACAGAUGUUGGUUAGGCAGUAUGAAAAGGCAAUGGCAAGCUGGCAUGAAAAAGAAUUAAAAGCUGAUUAUGACACAACUAACUCUAUGCCAGUUCUGAAAACACCAUCUCCAAUGGAAAAACAGGCUGCAGAUCUAUAUUCGAGGAGGAUAUUCAGAAAGUUCCAGGAGGAAUUGGUAGAAACUCUUGCCAAUCCUGCUACCAAAAUUAACGACUCAGGAACCGUUGCCACUUAUCGAGUUGCAAAAUUUGGUGAAGACCAUAAAGCACAUGCUGUCAGUUUUAAUUCAUUUGAGAUGAAAGCUAAUUGCAGCUGUCAACUGUUUGAAUACUCGGGAAUAAUUUGCAGGCAUAUAUUAGCAGUUUUUAGGGCAAAAAAUGUUCUUACACUUCCUUCCCAAUAUGUAUUGAAACGGUGGACCAGAAAUGCCAGAAAUGGAGAUGCAAUAGAUGACCAUAAUUCUGAAUUACCAAAUGAAGCUGGAGAUUCUUCGACUGUUAGGUACAAUAAGCUUCGUCAAGAAGCAAUCAAGUACGUUGAGGAAGGAGCAAAGUCAAUUCAUAUUUAUAACGCGGCGAUGGAUGCCCUAAAAGAGGCCUCUAGAAAGGUUGCAGCUGUGAAGAACCGGGGCCCUGGAGCUACUAAUGGUGAUAUUAUGGCCAAUGGAGUUGUUGGGGCUUUGAUUGCAACAGAAGAGGAUCAGACAGCAACCUAUCAAUCUGUGGAACAGAAGGAGAAGAAAAUUCGUGAGCUUUCUGCAGAGUUAGAAAGAACAAAUCAACGUUGUGAAGUGUACAGAGCAAAUCUCCUAGCUGUUCUAAGGGACAUGGAAGAGCAGAAGUUGAAGUUAUCUGUGAAGGUCCAGAAUGCGAGGCUUAGUUUGAAAGAAUGAAUGUUCACAAAAUACAAGAAACAAGCAAUUUCUCUCUUUAUGGAUGCCAUCCUCCGCCCAAGUCGAUACGAUCCGUCCAUUGCGUUCAUCUUUUUACUGGUUCUUCCUUCUAAUGACUAACAAUGGGGAAUCGACGAAUGAGCAACCGUGGUAUUGAAAGGAGCAUUCUAGUGUGUGUCAUGUAAGUACUCUCUGAAUUGUGAACGUUUCUUUGGUUUUUCCAUGGAAAUAUGCUAUAUAAACAUCCAUCUGUGUAUGCCACAAAGAGGUAGUUGGAUCUAGGAUGAACCAUCCUGAACGUCUGCCAUUAAUGGCUGCUAUCGACCUCGACUAGGAUUAUGAAGAUGAAUGCUAUCAUAUCCUAAUGACUCAAACAACUCUCGUCUUGUUUGAGUGAUUCUUGUAAAGUAAAUAGAAUGUGUAUUGUUAAACGUUCUUCAAGUUUUCAAGUAAUACCAUCUAAUAUUCAGUACUUUUUCAUUUCA